UUUAGCUUCUGCUUGCCUUGCCUUCUCUCAAAAGGUUGGAAGAAAACGAAACACACAAGCUUUGCUCUCCUCCCAAAAGCGAUUGAUUUCCUUUUCUGUUACCUCCUUUCUUCUAUCACUAAUCGAGAUUCCAGUAAUCGGAUCGAUGGCGUCGGGUCGGGUCAACGCGGGAUUCGAUUUCGGAUCCGAUGAUAUCCUCCGCACGUACGACGACUUCACCAACCAGGACUCCUCUAACGGUUCCAACUCCGAUCCUGCGAUCUCCGCCACCAACUUCAAUAAGGAGUUUAACAAGACUAGGAUGGCGAGGUCUUCGGUUUUUCCUACGAGCUCUUACAGUCCGCCUGAGGACUCUUUGAGCCAAGAUCUUACCGCCACUGUUGAAAGAACCAUGAAGAAGUAUACAGACAACGUGAUGCGUUUUCUCGAAGGCAUCAGCUCGCGCUUGUCCCAGCUUGAGCUCUACUGCUACAACCUUGAUAAGACUAUUGGUGAGAUGAGGUCGGAUUUGACUCGUGAUAACGAGGAGGCUGAUGUUAAGCUUAGAUCUAUGGAGAAACAUCUUCAAGAGGUUCGUAGAUCAGUACAGAUUCUCAGAGACAAACAAGAGUUGGCUGAUACUCAGAAAGACCUAGCGAGGCUUCAAGUUGUGCAUAAAGAUUCAUCUUCCCCGUCUCACUCCCAACAAAGCGAGGAGACUUCUGUUCCUGAGCCUAAGAAGAGUGAGAACACCUCUGAUGCACACAACCAGCAGCUUGCGCUUGCUUUGCCUCAUCAAAUACCACCACAGCCACCAGCGCAGCCACAGCCCCAGCAACAACAGCAGCAGCAGUUUUACAUGCCUCCUAAUACACAGCUUCAAAACACACCUGCACCUCCUCCACCAUCUCAGCCUCAAGCACCACCGGCGCAGGCUCAGUUCAUGCCCCAACCUCCUGCUCCAUCUCACCCAAGCUCAGCUCAAACUCAGUCGUUCCCGCAGUACCAGCAAAACUGGCCUCCUCAGCCACAGGCGAGGCCACAGUCCAGUGGAGGCUACCCAGCAUACUCGCCUGCACCACCAAGCAACCAAUCUCCAGUAGAACCGUUGCCAAGCAGCAUGCAGAUGCAAUCACCAUACGCUGGACCUCCUCAACAAUCGAUGCAAGGUUACGGAUACGUUGCACCACCACCACCACAGGCUCCUCCUCAGCAGACAAAGAUGUCUUAUAGCCCACAGACAGGCGAUGGGUAUCUACCCUCAGGACCUCCUCCUCCUCCCGGGUAUGCCAGUGCCAUGUAUGAAGGUGGGCGGAUGCAAUACCCACCAACUCAGCCUCCUCCGCAGCAACAGCAGCAAGGCCAUUACAUGCAAGGUCCACAAGGUAGUGGGUACGCACCUCAGCAGCAUCAGGGAGGUGGUGGCAACACAGGGACACCACCUCCGGUUCUAAGAUCAAAAUACGGUGAACUGAUAGAGAAGCUAGUAAGCAUGGGCUUCCGAGGAGAACACGUGAUGAGCGUGAUUCAGAGGAUGGAGGAGAGUGGCCAGCCUAUAGACUUCAACGCACUCCUCGACAGAUUGAGUGUUCAGUCCUCAGGAGGGCCUCCCAGAGGAGGGUGGUAAGAGAAGCCACAGUGGCUCCUCUUCUAGGCCCUAGUUUUAUUGGGCCCAAUAGAUUGGGCCUGUUGUGUAUUCUUCUUAUUGAACUCAAUUUAUGUUUUCCCCAAAUAAUUUCGUGUGCUUGUUUACUUUUAGUCUGUCACUUGAACCCAAAUCUAAACUCUUUGAGUUUACUAGGGUUAAACCGUACACGCGGGUGAACAAUUUCAAAACAGUUAAACA